CAAAGGAAGGCAGAAGUAGAGGCGCGCGGCCGCGGCACUUCCUCUUCCCUGCGCGGCCUCAGAGAUCUCUGAAGAUGGUCCGCUAUUCGCUCGACCCCGAGAACCCGACUAAAUCCUGCAAGUCCAGGGGCUCCAACCUGCGGGUGCACUUCAAGAACACCCGUGAGACGGCCCAGGCCAUUAAGGGCAUGCACAUCCGCAAGGCCAACAAGUACCUGAGGGACGUCAUCGUCAAGCACCAGUGCGUCCCCUUCCGCCGCUACAACGGUGGCGUCGGCCGCUGUGCUCAGGCCAAACAGCACGGCUGGACUCAGGGACGCUGGCCCAAGAAGAGCGCCGAGUUCCUCCUGCACAUGCUCAAGAACGCUGAGAGCAACGCUGAGCUGAAGGGUCUGGACGUGGACUCUCUGGUCAUCGAGCACAUCCAGGUCAACAAGGCCCCGAAGAUGAGGAGGCGCACGUACCGCGCCCACGGCCGCAUCAACCCCUACAUGAGCUCGCCGUGCCACAUCGAGAUGAUCCUGACGGAGAAGGAGCAGAUCGUCCCCAAGCCAGAGGAGGAGGUCGCCCAGAAGAAAAAGGUUUCACAGAAGAAGCUGAAGAAGCAGAAGCUGAUGGCACGCGAGUAAACGUUCUAAUAAAACUGAAAACUUGUUAUGAA